UAACAAUAUACUGCAAAUGCUUCUAAUUUUUGUGCCACUACUUGUUCACCACCUGAAUAUAAUGCUGGUAAUAAUAUCUGUACCCUUGUAUGUAAUAAUAUUUAUGGAUACUUAAUAUAUAUAUAUAAAAAUUAUGCAACUAAUAGGGAAAAUACGCGUAAAUACUUAAAUUAUAUUCUACAUAAGAAACCUAUUGAUAAUUCGUAUGACUCGUUUCAUACAUAUCAGCACAUUCCAUAGAAAAAUAAACGAAUAUAUGUAAGAUUUUAUUUUAAUAUUUUACUAAAAGAUGCAAGCCUAUAUAAUUUAGAUGAGGUGUUUAUCAGAAUUAUUCCUAAAGAAGAUAAAACUUUAAUAAGAAAUUGUGUACAUUUUAAUAAAUAUUACGAAUUUCAUAUUAAACAUUACAACAAAUGCGAAGGACAUGUAAAUAAUGAAUUUUCUAAAGAAUUAAGCAAUAUUAAGAAAGUCUAUUAUGAAAAAAUAAGCGAUGUAACUGAAUGCCUUGGUAGACCAAAAAUUUCAUCAACUAAAAACAUUUACGCGUUUGCUUCCAAUUUAACAACAAUUGUUGUAUUACUAAGAUCUUUAACCUUACUUUUUAUAUAUAAG